AUGGUAAUACACGACCACGUGGCUGAGUGUAUUUUCGUAGGAAAUACCGGACGAAAGAGGGUAUACCUCAGGCCCCUCCCCCAUGACUACGAAAUUGCCUCCCCCACGGGGGAGAUCGAGGUGCCUAACAAUUUUCCUGCCGAGCUCCAGGCGGAAUUCCGCAAGCUCUUAAAACUGCACGCACCAUUGUUUCACGGAGGCGGACGCCUGAAACAGACUCUGGCCAACGUGCAGCACCAUAUCCAGCUGAAGGACAGCUAUCCAUUCCGUGAAGCCCCCAGGAGGUACUCCGACGAGAAACGUCAGUACAUUGAUGUCCAAGUCCGGGAAAUGCUUCGCGACGGCAUCACUGAACCCACCACGUCGCCCUUCAGCUCAGCAAUCGUAAUCGUCGGUAAGAAGGACGGCGAUUACCGUUUUUGCGUAGACUACCGCCGUUUAAACGGCAUGACGGUAGACGCUCCCCAGUGCUUACCGAGUAUCCACGAGACAUUAAAGGAUCUGGAAUUGGGAGGAACACUUACUCCACCUAGCCUUAGUGUUCGAAAGGCUCAGCAUAUAUACCCUAACCAUCGCACCGGCAAAGUGUUGCUUUGCCAAACUACCCUGCCGUACCUGGGACACAUGGUCAGUACGGAGGGUAACUCGGCGCAAACGGGGCACGUCGAAGCGAUUCGAAGUGCCGCCCCGCCGCGAACCCGAAAGGAGAUGCGCUCGUUCCUCGGCAUCUGCAAUUGGGUGAAAGAAUAUAUCACCAAUUCCUCCAUUAUUCUUGCCCCAUUAUCCGACAUGUUAUCAACCAAAAGGCCAUACAAAAUGACGCCCGAGAACCGGCAGCAUUUCGAGAAUGCAAAGGCUGCAUUCCAGAAGCCCAUCACCCUCAGUAGACCAGACCCCGAGUUAAGGUUCGUCCUGCAAACAGACGCUAGUGCCCGCGGAAUGGGUGCCGUUCUAAUGCAGGACGAGUCAGAUGGAAAGUGGAGGAUAAUUUCCUUCGCUAGUGCGAAGUUCUCGCCAACCGAGGCUCGGUACCAUUGUAACGAGCAGGAGUGCCUCGCCAUAGUCUGGGCGAUAAAAAGUCGCUUUUCGCGCACGGUGGAACACGUGCCAGGAAAGAAGAACGAAUUGCCCGAUGCCCUCUCACGGCAUCCCAACCCGGGCGAAUUCUCGCCUGGAGAACCCGACAUGGGGCAGAUGCUGCUACCAACGGUCAAAACCGUCCGCCCCGACAGCGCCACGACAGUGCCAGUUCUGAGCGCCUUAGCCCGGCCUCCACUGUAUCACGAGGUGAUAGAGGCCCAGCAGGAAGACUCCGCCAUCACCCGCGACGUCCUUCGAUGGAAGGAACUGGCCGGCAUGCCACAUCCGACUUUGCAGCAGAGGGAGUUCCUGGACCGACAUCGCCUGACUAACAAGGGUUGGUGGUGCCAGGAUACAGCCGGUGCUUGGAGAUUGCGGGUGCCCACGGCUUUAAGGAUGAAAGUCAUCUGGGAAUUCCACGAUGCUGCGAUGGCCGGACACCCCGGAACAGAAGAGACUAUACGCUCGAUCAGAGAGAGCUUUUUCUAG